UUAACUUUAUCCUUUUUUAUUUAGUGUUAUAGAAAUGCUGUGUAAAACGAUCUCUAAAUUGAAUUUUCUAUUCCACCUUGGUUCUUGCAGAACAUUAAGUGUUGGUGCCUAUAUAGGUGGCAAGAAUCCGUACACUACCCCUGUAAGAAAAAUCAUUUUGAGUAAUGAGUACAAAAAGAAACUUUUAAAGGUUAAAAGAGAAACAGCUGAUGUGAAAGAUUCUAAUCAUGACAAAGUUGAUAUUUUUUUUCACAAUCGCAACCCAAGACAUCUGGAUUUAUUGGGAUUUAACAAACCUUCGGGUUUCACAACACUCCAUGAAUCCAGAAAUUUUUACAAUAAACUAAACUUGCAGAUGACAAACUGUCACACAAAAGCUUAUGUUGAAAAUAUCAAUGGACAGAUAUUGUGUUAUGCAAGCACCACAGAGCAUUAUAUAGCUCGAAGAUUGCACAGCACAACAGAUGUGUGCGCAAUUGUUAACAUAGCAAGGAUUUUAGCAGAGCGCCUGAAACAAGUUGGAGUUGUAAGAGUACAUUGGUGCACCAGAUUGGACCGAACAACAGAGAAAAUUAGAGAAUUUGAAGGAAUUUUAAAUAACAAUGGAAUAAUUCUUUCAGAGGCUCCAUUAAAAGUCUUGCAGGGAACCUCUCAAACCUUGCCACCUCCAAGACGAGAAAGACAAUUGCCAGGACCAAUGAGAAAAUCUGUUAAGAACAGAGGGACUAUUUUAAGAAAAGAUAAAGAUAGAUAACACCUGUACAUUGUUUAGCUUCUAAAAUAUUACCUGCUAGA